AUGGCGUCUAUCGAAUCGCUCUUGAACCCUGUGCAAGAUCUGGAACGGCUUUGUCUUCCAAGUCCAGCGAUGACGAGCUCAACGAGCACGAUGGCAUGUAGGGUGUCUCGUCCAAAGAGGGAAAAGAUCGCGAAAGAUGCUGCUGUUUUUAAAGAAGACACAUUCAGAGGCGAGGUGCGAUACCCACCCUGUGAGCAACGUGAUGAAGAGUUGGCUAGAAUUCAUCGCGAAUUCGAACUCUACCCUAUGGGUAAUAUUGAUCGUUUUCCGCGCCACAUCCCGUACAACAGCGACAAGAAGACUUUUCAGGAGCGGACUGGACGCGAGAGCUUUGAAGUUCUGCAGUAUACAUUCAAGAUCCCUGGUGAGGACAAAGAAUGGACAGUGAUGUGGGAUUACAACAUCGGUCUUGUUCGAACAACGCACCUCUUCAGAUGUCUGGAUUACUCCAAGACCACCCCAGCCAAAGUGCUGAACUCCAAUCCUGGUCUUCGCGACAUCUCCCACAGUAUCACAGGCGGAGCUCUUGUAGCUCAAGGCUACUGGAUGCCAUUUGAAGCCGCCAAAGCAGUCGCAGCGACGUUCUGCUGGCGAAUCCGACACGUACUCACGCCACUCUUCGGCAUCGACUUUCCAGACCUCUGCAUCCGACCGGACGACCGCGGCCGGUACGGGCGUAUGAUCAUCGACCGGGCGAUUGUGCACAGAGCGACCGAAACCGCCAACUUCUAUCGACUGCUGGAGCUCCGUUCGCCACAACCACAACCGCACUCACACCCACACCCUCAGCAACAAGCACUACUCACCUCGCGCCCAACAGGAGGAUGUCGAACUACCUCGUCAACAACCCCAAAGCUAUUUGGGAAACAACACCAACACCUCCCAAAAUCCAUCCCUCAGCACUACCAACACUUUCUUCAGCAUCAAUCUGACUACGCCGAGAGCCUGAGUGGAUACGGAUCUUCACCCGAGUACAGCGCCGGCACUAGCUCUACAGACACAUACUGUGUGUCUCCGGUGAGUCCUUUCCGGAAUACAUUCACGCCGGUGAAUACGCCGCGUAGCACGGAAAUCAUGGUACGAGGAGGAUCGCGGAAGCCUUCAUCUUCACCAAGAGGGAUUCUUACCUCAUUGCAGAAGAUGGCUCUGCCAAGGAUGAUUGUCGUCGACGGGAGUGAUGGAGAAAGUGGCUGCUCCGAGAGGACGACAUCGUCGUCGACAACGACGACGAUGUAUUCUUCAUCGAUGACGUUCAAUACACCCAGUGAUCAUUCGGAAUAUGACGAAGACGACGACGAUGAUGAAGAGGAGGAUGGUGGUGGUGGUGGUGGUGGUGGUGGUGAUGAUGAUGAUGAUGAUGAUGAUGAUGAUGAUGAUGAUGAUGAUGACUACCGAGACAGCGAGGAUGAUGCCCACUCCCCAAGUAAGAGGGCUAGAGCAUGUCGGAUGGAAACGCGAUUUCGACGAAAGACCAGCACGACGUUGUUCGCGCGCGAAGUCAAGGCGGCGCAUGCGCUGCUCAGUCUGCACAUGCAAGAGGCGACAGGCAGUGACGAAGAGGAGACAAUGAUAUGGCGAACAGCCAGUGGACGAAAGAGACGUAGGGCAUCAGCCUGA